AGCGUCAGCCAGCCAGCAGUUUCGGUUUACGGGGCACUGCCACACACAGCACAAAAUAGCAGCAGCGGCAGCGCACAGGAGAGAAGAAGAAAAUUUUCACACACCACACACAAAGCAAAGAAAAAUGUACAAGAAAAGAAGGAAACUCUGCUCGAAUCGGUGAAAAUUUUCCACACAAAAAAAGAACACAGCCCCCCAGUGGCAGUGGCAAAAGUGGCAGCAACCGCAGAACGCACAAAAAAUGUAAUCCAGCAACAAAAAAAAAAGAUUAACGGAAAGUCGGGACAACGGGAAUAACAGUAAGGUACGGAACGCCUAUUGAGAAAAACGCGUGGAAAACCCGAAGUGAAAAUCUUUAAAAAUUAUGAAAAUGUGAAAAAUUGUGUGUGCAAAAAAAUUUUGCAGCUUCAGUGGCGACCGUUGUCUGGCCCCCGAAGUCCCGUGGAAAAUAUAUGUGCAGAAAUCUUUGCCAGAUUGUAAAUAAGUAACCAAAAGCUCCACCAAAACAGAGAGCGGAAAAACCGAAUAAAACAAAACCAAAUAUAGAAAAUGCCAUAAAACCAUAUAAAUAUUAUACACUCAGACUUGCUUAAUGUAUGUAUAUAGAUAUAUAGCCUUCUAAACGCAACAAAAUUAACAUAAAAUCAAAAAUAACAACAACAAAAACCAAACAAAAGAAAAUCGAAUUUCCGGCUAGCAAAUGUCUGGAUAAAGGAAACGCCACCUGGAGGACCAAUGGAUGAAAAUGCAGCCGUCGUCGUCGUCACUUUUGUCGUCGUCGUCGUUGUCCUCCAUUUGUCAGAGCUUUUGUCGUCAGCAGCAGCAGCAGUAUCCAGAGCAGGCAGUGCAGCAGCAGCAAUCCAGGAGAAGCAGCAGCAGAGGCAGGAGCAGCAGCAGCAGCAGCAGCAGAAGAGCAGAUCAGGAGGAGCAACGGGAUCUGCUAGCCUACGCCUACGCGCUGAUCCCAACGACAGCGCUGCCGCAGCUGGCGUUGUUUACCAGCAGCAGACGCUCAGCAGAAGCUGCAGCGGCCGCCUAAGUUGCGCCGGCAUCCUCUAGAGGGCUCCAGACGACACUACCGUUAUAUACACCGAAGAAAGAGAGGAGAAGAAGCAUCCACAGAAGAAACAAGGGAGGAAGCAGCGGCAGAAGAAACAGAAACCAAAAACCAAAAAAACAGUUGGAAAGCCUCACCCGAAACUAAAGGCAAAAUAGAAGAGCGGCGAGAGGCACCGAAUUGAGCAGCCGCAGCGGUACUUCGACAAACAAAAUGGCGGAUGGUGGGCAUUCAUUCGUGAAGAAGACAUUUCAUAAGCCAACGUACUGUCAUCACUGCUCGGAUCUGCUCUGGGGCCUCAUCCAGCAGGGCUACAUAUGCGAAGUUUGCAACUUUAUCAUACACGAACGAUGUGUCACGAAUGUGGUAACACCCUGUUCCGGCAUUGCUCCAUGCAUUAUAAAGAAUCCCGUUGCCCAUUGUUGGUCCGAGCCAACCCAUCACAAGAGGAAAUUCUGCACAGUUUGCCGUAAGCGAUUGGAUGAAACGCCAGCGGUGCAUUGUCUAGUUUGCGAAUAUUUCGCGCAUAUUGAGUGCCAAGAUUUUGCCGUGCCCGAUUGCACAGAGAAUGCCACCUAUGUGCCCGGCAAGGAGCUGCUUAAUGUGAAGCAUCAACACCACUGGCGAGAGGGCAAUCUUCCAUCAACGUCCAAAUGCGCAUACUGCAAGAAGACCUGUUGGUCAUCGGAAUGUCUCACUGGCUAUCGCUGCGAGUGGUGUGGCAUGACCACCCAUGCCGGAUGUCGCAUGUACCUGCCAACCGAAUGUAAUUUUGGUAUUCUACAACCUAUCUACUUACCUCCGCAUUCAGUCUCGAUACCACGCACCGAGGUGCCCAUCGAGGCGAUCAUCGGCGUCCAGGUCAAGUCGAAAACGACGCUCGUGCGUGACUAUUCGUGUCCCAGUCCGGAUCUCAGUGCUGGCUCGGGACCAGGUUCUGGAACGGGGUCUGGAACGGUGCCAGGUGUGGUUUGCCUCAGGGAGCUGCUCGAGCUUCAUCGGCAGCGUCUUGAGCAAUCGAAACAACAUUUUCUCCUUUCAUCACCGCCCACGCCCACAUCCUGUGGCUCCAUCUCGCUCUGCCACUCGCCCACACCCUCGCUGACAGUGGGAGAGACGAGCACCGAGCUGGAACCGGACCAGGACCGCCCCGACGACGAUCAGGAGGAGGAUGAGGACGAAGACUACGUUGCAACGGAGGCGGACAGCGCCCUGCAGCUGACGACAUCCACCUCGAACGUCCUGGGCCCGCUGCAAAAGUCGCCGUCGACCAACUCCUCGCUGCAUCUGCUCUACACGAGCAUCUUCCGGAAGCUGGGACCCGGCAGGAGGCGACGGAAGCGCGGCGGUGGUAUUUCUCAAAGCGAGGAGGACGAUGAGGAGGAUGAAGACGAGGUGGAUGGCGGUGUCUGUGAUAUAAGCGGUGGCGACAUCAGCGACGACUACGAUCACUGCGACGUGUCUCUGCGCCGGAGGGAAAGAGCCGCCCGCCGGCAGCCACGGGAAGUCAGCGAGACGGACUACCACGGCGAUGUGGAGAUGGAGACGGCGCCGCGGGAAAGCUGCUACGAGACCUCGGACACCGGGGGCGAGCUGACGAACACGGAUGCGCUCGACUCCAGCAUGAAUCUGAUCAGCAACCUUAGCUAUAAUAGUAGUAAUAGUAACACCUCCCAUGCCUCCAGAACUGCCCACCCACCUACAGUUGCUGUCACAGGCACCGCAGCUGCACCUGCCAAUGCCACUGCCACUGCUAAUAGCCCAAAUCCAAAGACUGGGGCCGCUCUGGCGGCCAAGCCCAAGCCCAAGACCAUACUCAGUGUCUCGAAGCACAAACACAAGGUGGGCGGAAAGGGCGGAUCCCUGAGUUCGCCCAACUCCAGCGACUGCUCCUCGGCCUCGCCCUCAGCCCCGGCCAGCGGCUCCCUCACGCACACACUGCUCCAGCUCUCACCCGUGGGACGGAGCAAGUCCUUCCAGGAGCCAGGCGUCAGUGUGUCCCGCUACAAGAAGUACGGACGCGGUCUGUUCCGGCGGCGAUCCAAGAGAUCGCCCAAGAACACGGCUGGCGGUGGCGUGGCGGGUGGUGGCGGCGGUGUGAAGAGCAACUACAGCCUGGACAGGCUGUCGCAGAACAUAGAGAUCACCAUCCAGGACGAGGAUGGGAACUACAUGCCGUAUGACGACAACUACCACAUGCUGGCGCGCCGCAGUGGUGGCCACGAUGCUACUGAUGUGGAUGAUGAUGUAUGCUUCGAUGAUCUCUACCUGGACGAUCGGCCCGGCGGCCAGAGCGACGAUCUGGCGGCCUUUGCCGGCGACAUCAGCGAUGGCGGUGCCAGCAGUCGAUCGCGGGCCAGCGACGCCAGCGAUGGCCAUGUCCUGGGGCGACUCCUGCGGCACGUGCGUGGCCUCUCCGUCGGCUGGCGCAAGCCGCGCUACCAGAAGCGCAGAGCACGCAGUAUAUCCGAGGAGUUCAGCAGUGGCGAUACGCCUCGCUUCAAGGAUGAGGAGUCCGCCAGCAAGACCGAAUCGGGCCAUGGACCCAGCAGUGGAGGUGGAGGCGAAAGAGGAGGUGCCAGUGGCAGUGGAGGCGGCGGAGGAGGCUCCAGCACUGCUGGUGGAUCUGCGGCACCAUCGGGCGGUGGUGGUGGUGGUGGAGGAUCUUCCGGCCACUAUAGUAGGCCCGAUUCCGCCGGCCACAAGUCGGAUGCCAAGUCAGAAGCCAAAAUGGAAAGGGACCGCGAGAAGAAGGAAAAGGAGCGCGAGGAGAAGGAUAUAGAGAUGAUCAAGGUUUUCGAUGGCAACAACUCAUUCCGACGCCAACAGUACCGCGUGAUCAUCGUGCAGCGGACGUAUACGCUGGAGCAGCUACUGACCACCGCGCUGCGGGCCUUCCACAUCACUCGCGAUCCGCAGGCCUUCUAUCUGACCGAUAUGUAUGCCCCCGCUGGCAUGGAGGAUACCCCGAUGCUGGACCCAACACCAGUGCUGAGUCUUGUGCAUUUGGAGGGCAAGCGACCGGCAAUAUACGUUCGGUUUCACGACAAGGAAAAGGGCCAUGUGCGUGUGUAUCCUGGGAAGCUGCAGUGUGCACUGGAGGAUCCCUAUGUCAGUGUUCCUGUAGAUAAUAACACAGUCAUUAAGGAUUUGAUACGUGAUGCGCUGGACAAGUUCGGGCUGCAGGAUAACCAGAUACAAGAUUACAGAUGCUCGGAGGUGCUGCUCGAUCGUGGCGUUACCGAACGCAUCCUCUCGUGGAAUGAGAGACCCUGGGAUAUUAUGAAACAGCUGGGCAAGGACUCAAUACGCCAAAUGGAGCUGAUGCGCUUCUACAUGCAGCACAAGCAGGAUCCCCAUGGACCCAACAUUGCCCUCUUCGUGGGCAAUCUGCCCACAGGGCUCUCGCAGCGAAACUACGAGCAAAUCCUCAACAAGUACGUCACCGAUGAGAACAAGUUCAUCAGCAUUGGACCCAUCUACUACGAGUAUGGGUCUGUGGUCCUGACCUUUGAGGAUGCCCAGAAGGCGGUUCGUGCCUUCUAUAAUCUCCGCGAGACGAUCAUCGAGGACAAGAAGCUGCUGGUGCUGCUCUUGCCGAACAUUGAGCCCAGCAUGGUCCCCUCCGAUGUGCGACCGCUGCUGGUUUUUGUCAACGUCAAGUCUGGUGGUUGCCAGGGCCUGGAGCUGAUCUCGAGCUUCAGGAAGCUGCUGAAUCCCUAUCAGGUUUUCGAUCUGGACAAUGGAGGUCCUCUGCCAGGUUUGUAUGUUUUUCGCCAAAUAACCAACUACAAGAUCCUGGUUUGUGGCGGUGACGGCACCAUUGGAUGGGUGCUGCAGUGUCUGGACAAUGUUGGCCAGGACUCGGAAUGCUCUAGCCCACCGUGCGCCAUUGUUCCACUCGGAACGGGUAAUGAUUUGGCUCGGGUCCUGUGCUGGGGCUCUGGCUAUACCGGCGGCGAAGAUCCGCUGAAUUUGCUGCGGGAUGUGAUCGAGGCCGAGGAGAUACGGCUGGAUCGCUGGACCGUUGUCUUCCAUCCGGAGGACAAGCCCGAAGAGCCGGCCAUGAAGGCGCCGUCCCAAACAACCGGUAAGAAGAAGAAGGCACACCAAGCACAUCUAUCGCAAUCGCAAUCGCAACAAACCAAUCAGCAUCAUCAAUUACCGGCUCUGACAUCGAGUGAUAUAUCAGGUGGCGCACAAAAUGAGGACAACUCACAGAUCUUUGUGAUGAACAACUACUUUGGCAUUGGAAUCGAUGCCGAUCUGUGCCUGGACUUCCACAAUGCUCGAGAGGAGAAUCCGAAUCAAUUCAACUCGCGGCUCCGCAACAAGGGCUACUACGUCAAGAUGGGUCUCCGAAAGAUCGUCGGACGCAAAGCGGUCAAGGAUCUGCACAAGGAGCUGCGCCUAGAGGUCGACGGCAAGGUCGUGGAACUGCCGCCAGUUGAUGGCAUCAUCAUUUUGAAUAUAUUGAGCUGGGGCAGCGGCGCCAAUCCCUGGGGUCCCGACAAGGAUGAUCAAUUCUCCACCCCGAACCACUAUGAUGGAAUGCUGGAGGUGGUCGGAGUCACUGGCGUUGUCCAUUUGGGCCAGAUCCAGUCGGGCAUUCGCACGGCCAUGCGCAUAGCUCAGGGUGGCCAUAUUAAAAUACACCUGAACACGGACAUGCCCGUUCAGGUUGAUGGCGAGCCCUGGAUCCAGAGUCCCGGCGAUGUUGUGGUCCUCAAGUCGGCUCUCAAGGCCACCAUGCUGAAGAAAACGAAGAGUAAGCGCCGCCUCACGGAGCCGCAUAUCUCGCCAGCGGUCCUGAGUCUCUCUGUGGCACAGUCUCAGCAGGCGCAGGCACAACAGCAUCAGCAGCAGCAGCAAUUGCAGCAACAGCAGCAACAGCAACUACUACAAUUGCAACAGCAACAGCAGCAGCAGCAGCAAGCGCAGCAGCAGCAGCUGCCUGAGAACGGCGAUAAGGAGGCGGCGGGGGCAUCAUCAAUGGUGCUGCCCCCUAGCUUUGGCAGCACCUAGAGCUUGCCCUCCGCCUAUGCCUCGGGCCUGAGAUAUUGGUUUUCCUGUUUUUUCCCAUAGUCACAGUAACGAAACGAGACGAAACUAUAAGCGCAACAGUAAACUUAAUUCACACAAAAAGCAACAGGAAAACAGAGGCGUGUCGUUCAUAUUCAUACCGAGCAUCCUCUUGUAAUCAUUGUAAUGUUUAGAACAAGAGCAAAACUCCAAUUGCGAAAGCAAACUAAAACUUAAUCUUCCAUUCAAAGAGAAUCAACAGAAACGUAUAGCAUUAACAAGAAACGAAAACAAAUCAACUAUGAGUAAAUAUACAUACACCCAAAAGGUUGAAUAUACAUAGCUGACAAGCGAAGGGAUUGUAAAUAAUCAAUUGGUGCCAAGAUUUGAAAAACAGAUAAACAGAGAGACCCUGGAGUGGCUGCCGUCGAAGCUCUAUAUGAGAACAAUCCACCAAAACCCACAGUACACACCCACCCAACCACCCAUCCACCACUCUGCACAAAGAUGAACAGUGACCACCGCUUUUGAACUUGAUUAGAAACUAAAAACACACAACACAACACCACACCACAGUAUACAGCACACCACAGACCCCCCAAAGCGAUUAGAAAUUCUCUACAAUUUUGUUUCAGUUGUCCAUGCCUUUAAUUAUUUUCUAUUGUUUCUAGGAGAAAAUACAAAACAAAUACAGAAAGAAGUAACAUUUUUAUGCAAAUGCCAUAUCAUAUAUUCUUUCUUGGUCUUGCAAGCAUUUUUUUCAAUCAUAAUACAAUCAAUAAUAUUGAAUCACAUGAAAGCCAUUUAGUUUAUUGAGUUGCAUUUUGCCUGAUUUCUCAACCAAUUUUAUUGCGAUCUAGCUUUUGGAACAACUAUAAUUCUAGGAUCGACACAUGAUUUCCGUUACGUUAACUCAAUAUAUUUUCUUACUCUCUCUUUUCUCUCCAAAAAUACAAUACACUGUAACACACAACAACACCACCUACUUCUCUACUUACCUAUAUACGCUCUUCUUACUCGAUCUAUGCGCUCCGAUUUACACACGAAAUAUGUAUUGUAAUCCUAACUCUUAAAUCAAAUCAAUGAUAAAAACAAAUCAAUUUUUCUAAACGAAUUGCAUUCCAACAUUCAUGGAAAUGUGAUUGAUGCAACACAAAAAACGAUUCAAAAAAAAUAAAAACUACCGUUAACGUAGGCCACGAUGUUGAAAAAGAACAAGCUGAAAAUGAAGCGCAGGAACACGGAACCCACCAUGAUCGUUGCCGGCUCGGCGACGCCCCAACUGUCGCUGGCCCUGCCGCCAAGCGUGGACGAGGUGGUCGAUGGGGCCGUGGGCGAUGGCGGAACGGGCAAUAAUACGGAUUUCUGAAUAUGGUAUAGCGAGCGUCUGAUUUAACGUGCUAAUUCCAGCCAGCCAACCAAAAACCAGCCGCACAAAAUGCAUCUUGAGCACCCCACCAACCGCCAAACAGCAGCAGAAGCAGAAGCAGGAGAACCCAGAACCCACCCAAAGAACCAGAACCAGGAUCAGAAAACAGCAACAGUCCAUAGCCGGAGUCCAAGCUCAAACAAGAAUCGAAUCGAAUCAAAUCAAAUCAAAAGCUGUAAUCAAAAUUACUUCUUACAACACUCUUAUACUCUACUACAACAAAACUCUACUCCAUGUAUAAAGAAUCCCAAGUCAUGCCAAAAGUUCAAAAGUUCAGCAGACCCGCAACCGCAUUUCCUUCCGCAUUUCCGCAUGUGUCUGAAAGAAGUACGUUAAAUUCAAACAGCUCGAAGCACACACAACUGUACCUCAUAGUGCAGCGACUCUACGAAAGUUAACCUAUGAAAUAGAUACAGUACAGUCCAGAACCAGUCAGAGUAACCAGUAACAAAUCCGAUAUACAGAUAUGCAGAUAGUAUACAGAUGUUAGGGAAGAUAGAGGUUUUGUUCUAAAACUCAGCGCAAUAGUCCUGAGAAGAUGUAUCAAAUUCAAGUUCAAUAUUAUGUUCCUUCUCGUUUUGUUCCUAUGUAAGAAACAGCAGAAACAGAUUAGUGAUACCGUUAAACAGAGAAAACCGCAAGCCGUGAGAAGAAAGAUGAUGGAUGAUAAAGGAAGAAGAAUCAUGCAUGCAUGAUCAUUGAAGGAUAUGAAGAAUAUGAAGAACCAGGGAAAAUGUAAUGAAAAACCAAAAAGAAACAAAACAAAAAGUACAAAAUUGUUGAAAAUUGUUUGUUAUAACUAAAUGAAACUGAAAAAAACCAAAGAGAAAAGAGGAAAGUAAAAAGAAAAGAAAAGAAAAACCACCAAAUAUUGACAAGAAAAAACAAAAACCAAUUAGGUAAAUGAAUAUUGUUCCAUGUGGCAAAGAUCCUUCGGGAUUUUGCAUGGAUACAAAGAAGAAGCAAAAAAUAAUCACCGGACUAGAAAAAGACACACGUUCAGCAGAUGCGAGAAAAUUUAUACGAAACUUUUGAUUUCUGUAUCCGAUUCGCUUUUCGAAUUCGCUUACGAGAGAGGAAAAAGCUGCAAAUUGCAUAGUUUGUUAAACUACUAAUUGGGACGCAACCAUUGGAAAAAUUGGAUACUACGGCAUAGUGCAUAGCACAUGUCAUGAUUGGAACACAAACACAAAAAACGCAUAGGUCAUAUAUGAUGCUUAAUGCAAAUUCUGUCUGGAUUGUGCAAUUGGUAUAAAUUUUCUCCGGUGCUGUGCGUCAACUAAAACUAAAAAAAAAACAUAACACACAAAAAAAUUAAAGAAAUCGAAUGCAUUUUCAAGCUUAUUGAAAUGGCGUCAUGCCCGCGCAAAAACUGACAGGCAGAGAUGGAUCUUUCUGUCAGUUCAGUCUGAUUUUUGUCUGUCUGUCAGUCGGCUGGGCGGCGCGUUAGUAUUUCACUUGCAUUUGUCUCAAAAAGUAAAAAAAAAAAACUUUUUGGAUGUCGAAGAAAACAAAAAAGAACGAGAAGCUAGGUAGCGAAAGAAGAUGGAAGGAAGAAUGACAGAAGAAUGGAUAGAAUGGAAAGAUGGAAGUCCGAAAACUACAAUUUCAACUUUAAAACGCUUAUAAAGAAAACAAUUUUUGAGAAAUUUAUAUACUAAUUUUUACGUUUACGUCUCGUACAUACAUAUGUAUGUUUGUACAAGAAAACAAGAAGACCCCCAUCGCGUAGGGAUGGGUCGAGUGCGCGGUCUCCGCCCAAGCGGGUAUUCGGGCGCGCACUCGACUCAUCCCUACCACACCACACGAGUGGGGGGCCGUUGGGUGCAUGAAUAUCCGGUUCCGUUUUGUUGAAUACCGGAAGAAUAACGGCGGAGUGCACUUGGCGUCCCCCGACCAAAGACCACAGUUACACGCCACACAACCAUAAGAAUACUGAGUUUUUCGAGAAGCGUCUCACCGUCACACGCACCGUUAUGACAGCACGGAAAUCGCAUAACAGUGAACAUCAAAAUUCCAAUGCGGCAUACCGAUAUCCAGACCACGCUGCGGACUGGCCCUGGAGAUCGGGAUGCACACCCAAAAUUCGACCUAUCACCAGACACUCGUUUUGCGUUCGACAAAUCACCUUUGACCGGCUGCGAUUAAGGGGCUCAGUGCUUGGGGUUAAUCAGAAGACACACACCGAUUUCCGUACACUCUCCGAGCGGGGGCCACGCCGCGGCUUGCCCCAGCAGUGGGCCGUGCAAUGGAUUGACUAAAAUGCGCCCUACGCCAGCGCAGUUUAAUUAUUAUUUUGUCUUAAUUUCACAUUACGAAUUCGGACACUCCUCUACUAUUCAGCCGAUAUUGCACGACCCUAUGCGCCGUAGGCGCCGCGACGUGCGUCCCCGUCAAUUAUUCAAGGUUCGGGCUCAUCUUGAAUCGACUUGGAUCGAUUAGCCCCCGGCAUUUUGAAUCGCAGCCCGCAGGAGAUUUGAUAUUUUGCCUCAUUUCGCACAAGGAAACACAGCAACAAGAACACACAAACCAAUACACAACUUUCAGUUAUGUUAUUACACGAACAACACAAAAUAUUAUGUUUUUAAAUAUAUUUCAAAUAAAAAAAACAAAAAAUACAGAAAAAACAAAAGUCUAGGCUAAGUUUAAGAGAAAUUACUAUAAUAUGCUAUUCAAAGAAAUCCAAAACUCUACAAACCACACAAAACAAAAAACAAGAAAAUACCAAAAACAACAACUAAAAAUACUAAUUAUAGUGCAUACAUUGAUGUAGUGUUAGAAUUAAGAAGAAGAAAAAACAAAAACAAAAAGAUUAUAUUUCAAAGAGAACCCAAUAUUUGAAGAGAGCCGCCAAGAAAAGAAGUGAAGUAAAGAA